AGUUUGUCAGGAGAACUCAGGAACAUGGCUUCAUCCUUCCUCUGCCUCCUCUUCAUCAGCCUCAGCACAGCAGAUGGAUUCAAAAUGUAUGUAGUGUCUCGCUGUGACUUUAACUCCACUGAGCUGAAGGACAUCAAGUACAUCAGAUCUUACUAUUACAACAAGAUCGAGUACGCCAGGUUUGACAGCGAUGUGGGGAAGUUUGUUGGAUACACUGAGUACGGAGAGGGGAACGCAGAGACCUGGAACAGUGGUGCAUACCUGACUCAAAUGAAAGCUGAGAAGGAGAUGUACUGCCAAUACAACAUUGGUAUCUGGUACAAGAAUAUUCUGUCUAAAUCAGUUAAGCCGUACGUCAAACUUCACUCCACAACACCUGCUUACAGUCAGCAUCCUGCCAUGUUGGUCUGCAGCGUCUAUGACUUCUUCCCCAGUAAGAUCAAAGUGAGCUGGCUGAGAGAUGGACAGGAAGUCACCUCUGAUGUCACUUCCACUGAGGAGAUGGCAGAUGGUGAUUGGUACUACCAGACCCACUCACACCUGGAGUACACACCCAGGUCUGGAGAGAAGAUCUCCUGUAAGGUGGAGCACGCCAGCCUGGAGAAACCUCUGAUCACUGACUGGGAUCCCUCCUCAGACUCUUCCAUGCCUGAGUCAGAGAGGAACAAGCUCGCCAUCGGAGCCUCAGGACUGAUCCUGGGUCUGAUCUUAUCUCUGGCUGGAUUCAUCUACUACAGGAGGAAGGCCCGAGGUCGUAUCCUGGUUCCCACUAACUGAGCCUGGAUCCUGGUCCUGGUUCUGUCUGAUGUUAUAAAAGCUGCUGCUUCCUGUGUUCAGCAGACUGAUGAUGAUUUGGUGCUUGUUGUGGUUUUACUGGGAUGGUUUUGGACCAUGUGUGAUGCUCUGGACUCUUGUGUUUGAUGCUUUAUGUGCACCUCUGCUGUUUAAUCCAUGUAAUGUAAUCCUUGUAAUCCAUGUGUCUGAAUGAUUUGGGUGUUUCUGCUGUUCUGAUUACCAUAGAUCACAGAUUUUUACUGGAGGUCAUUGUUCCAAAAUAAAUGACUCAAACUUU